AUGGAUCUUAGUAAAAUUAAUUUAAGUAACUAUAUACCAGCAAUGCCUUAUAAAGUUCGUGAACUAUUCGAUAAAGCUACAAAUAUUGUUAUGAAUUAUACGGAAACAGAAGCCAAAGUUGUUGAAGCAACAAAUGAUGAAGCUUGGGGACCACCAGGUAGAUUAUUACAAGAACUUUCUCAAUUAUCAUAUUCCUAUGAACAUUACACUGAGGUGAUGGGAAUGCUUUGGAAACGGUGUUUUGGACAAGAAAAAAAAUAUUGGCGACGAACCUAUAAAUCACUACUUGUUUUACUUUAUUUAAUUAAAAAUGGCAGUGAAAAAGUUGUAACAUCAGCACGUGAACAUCAUUAUGAUCUUAAGAGUUUGGAAAAUUUCUCUUAUACUGAUGAACAAGGCAAAGAUCAAGGCAUAAAUGUUCGUCACAAGGUUAAAGAAAUUAUUGACUUUAUGCAAGAUGAUGAUCGACUUCGAGAUGAACGUAAAAAAGCUAAAGCUAACCGAGACAAAUAUAUUGGUGUUGGUAGUGAUGCAUCAACUUCUCGAUACGGUGAACGAUGGAAUGAUUAUGAUGAUUGCAAUAGUUCAAGCGGAAGUAGUGCAACAAGAAAAAAAGACUUUGUUGAAUUAGACGGUCGAUGGCGUUCAACAAAUCCAUCUAUUUUAGAAGAAGGUUUUAAUAAAGCAGAAGAUAUAGCAAGUAAAGUGAAAGAAUUAGUACUCGAUCAACGCCGUCCAUCACAUGACUAUUCGCCAGAGAUAAGUGAUGAUGAAAGUCAAUAUUCAAAGAAAAAUACUCGAUAUCAAGAUUCACAAUUGAAAGGUCAAUCCAAUGAAUAUCAAAGUAAAACAAAGGAGAGCGAUUUUGAAAUGAGAAAACCUUCGACAACAAAUAAUACUCAAUCGUCUAUUCAAAAUCGAACUUCAACAACAACUAAAAAACCACAAUUGGUUCCACCCAUUGCAACUGCAACAGUAACUACAAUUCAAGCUCCUAUCAUUGAUUUAUUGGGUGAUGAUGAUGGUUUUACACCCUAUGUGCAAGCGCCAACUACUCAUUCACCUCUUGACGAUGAUUUUGGACAAUUUCAUGAAGCAUCAACUGGCUCUGUUCCACCGUUGACGCCUCCUGCUUCCACGACUCAACAGUCGUCUAUUUGGCCAACAUCAACUAUUCCAGUUCUACCUGCAACAUCCUUGACAACAACAACACCAUUUGACCCAUUUGAUUUAUUAUCAGGAACGAACACGGCAACCAAUGAUCUAUUACAUCCGAUGAAUUCACCACCAGCGACAACAAAUAAAUCUUUACCGAGUGAUAUCGACUUAUUUAUGAUGCCAUCUCAACCAACACAACAGCCAUCCAUGUUUUUCCCUGCCCAACAACAACAAUCAUUUGUACGACCACAAAUGUUUCAACAGCCAAUGAUGUUUCCACCAAAUCAACAACAAUUUAAUAGGCCAAAUAAUAAUUCAUUUAAUGUGACUUUUCCUAGCAUGUCCCCUCAAGUUGCUAAUCAAGACGAAACAAAAUCCGUAGAGAAAAAGAAUACGUGGACAUCGACACAAGGAAAAAUUGAUAUAUCGUUAAAUAAUCUCAUACCACAUACUCGUGGUGAUGCUCAAAAAUCUUCUUUACCCCUCAAUCAAUUACUUAGUCCAACGAGCUCAACAAGUGGUGGCUUUCCAUCAUCGGCAAUGAUGAAUAACAACACUCAAUCAAUGUUUUCUAAUGCAUCAUUUUCAAUGAACCUGGCAGGACAUCCUGCAAAACUCAAAUGA